AUGUUUAACCAUGACUACUUUGUCGACUGGUUUGGCAAACUGCUGGACGAGGUCGAAGAGCUGGGGUGGUCGUCGUCUGUUGUGUUUGUCAUGGACAAUGAAAAACACCACAAGGGAAAGCCAAAAGACACACCAAAGGGGACGUGGAAGAAGGACGAUCUCUACCAGGCCUGCGUCCAGUACAACCUUGCCAGCGUUGGUCUGACCGACCUGAAGACGACGAUUUGGAAUACCUUAAAGAAACACCUCGAUGAGCAUGUGCUACCUGUGAUUGUUCAGAUGGCUCAGUCACGAGGACAUCAUGUCGUCUACACUGCACCGGGGUUUUCCGAGCUUCAGCCUAUCGAAUUGGUUUGGGCCAACGUCAAGGGAACCGUUGGUCAUGCAUACACCUCGACUACUACCUUUCGAGUUGUCCUCGAGCGACUCCAGCAAGCGUUCUUUGAGUUGGACGGUGAGUUGAUUCUCAGCAGUAUCGAAUCCUCCACCGCGAAGCUCCUCAAGCUUGACAGAGAUCUCCGUGAGGCUGAAGCGGGAGUGGCCAUUGUAUCCCAUCGAGAAAGUGAUAGCGACACUUCAGCGUCAAGUGAGUGCGGCAGCAUGCGUGGCGGCGAGAGUGACGUUUAG